CUAGUGGGCCCUGGAAACAUUCUAGGGGUGUGAAAGCAAGAAAUUGCUGUGAUAGGUAACAUCAUCCUAUCAAUAAUUUCAGACGCAGUAUGGGAAAUUAGGGUCUUCCUUUAUUAUUCGAAUAUUGAAGCUAUAAUUUAAAUUAACCCUCAUUCGACACAUUUUUAUUUGUGUUGAUUAUUUUGAAACGAACUCAGAUUUAAACUUAAUUUUAACUCUGAAAAACAAACUAAAAACACAGAACUCAAGCUUGAAAUGGAAGACAUUAGAAACUCAUCAACAUUCGACUUCUAUUUGAUAAAAGGAAAUUUCAAAAUGGGUUCAAUCGAUUGCAUCGAGCAUCCAACUAGACAUGAGUAAAAUUAAAAGCAUUUUUAUCAAGAGUCCGUUUCAUUCGGUUGACCCUACAUUACCCAAACAACGAUCUGCACCAAAAAUAAUGGAAUUUCUCUCGAUUCUGUGCUGAGGCACAGAGUAGCAUGAAGUAUCCACAGCUUUUUUCGAUGCCUGAAGCCCUACGCAUUUGGCUGGAGGAUGAAUUAGAAGCCAGAGGAAUAGAUACUGUGUACUCUCAUCAUAUUCUUAACAUUCUCCAGCACAAAAACCUCAAAGAAAGUUCAGUACACGUUAGUGGAAUCGAAUCACUUGUUGAUGAGCUGCGUACGAAAUUGAAGAAAUUCGAAAGUGAAGACGAAACUUACCCUCAAAAGACGUUCGGUUCAAGUACCAGUGCGCCAACCUGCUCUUUCCAGGACACGAUUUUAUUUGCAGAAACUGGACAAAAGUUUUCCGAAAACACAUUGCAUAAAUCUGGAAAUUCAGCGCUGGCUACGUUCACUAGCGCCUGGUCUUGUCCCUCGUACUACGAAAGAAAGUUUCUGAAAUGCGGGUUCGGUAGAAACCUAUCGAAUCUAGUAGUUGGAAACAAGGAAAAGAGUUCGGGUAGCAUUUUGAAGAAGUGGGAGGAGGAGAACAAAGAAAAUCAGGCAUCGAAAGAAAAUGUGGGUACAAAAGAGAAAAUGAGGUCAAGAUCAAGGUCUACAGUGAAACAGCAGCACGCUCACAAGGCAAGGAAGAACAUGGCCAAGUCUUUGGAUCGCAAGGAUGAUUUGUUGAAGGUGAAGGUGACGUUGGAUGGUAGCAAGGCAAGGAAACUGGAACUAGCCAAUGAGCCAGCGAGAGCCAUUCUGUCCAAGUACGACCGAGAGGUGAAGUCGAUUUGGUCGGACGACCUGGACGGUUGCGACGAGAACUUGCCAAUGGAUUUUCAACAGCUGUUAGAGUCACCUGAUAACACUAGUUUGCCCAUGGAGUUUUAUAAGAAUAUCAACAACAAGAGGCAACAGAUGAACUCGUUUAUCCAGUGUGGUACCAACAUCACCAGCUCCAUAUGGUCGACAGACACGGCCGACAUGGACUGCAGCGCCGAGCCAGAGUCACUCAUCCUCGACAACAACGACAAGCAACAAGAGGACUGCUCCAUGUCGUCGCUGUCCAUCUGGGACGACGACAAACAACCUUGCUAUCCGACCAACAACCAACCGACCCAACAAUGGAGCAAUGGCGAAAACCUAUUUGCCGACACACCGUGGCAGAUGAAAGCAGCCAAGUGGUCGGAUGUGGAAGGAACCAGCUUGCACAUCGACGAUGGCGGCAAGUUCUAUUCUGCGUUCGAUGACGGCCCACCACAGCCACCAGCACCAGAAACACUCAUCGACACAAGUCUGUCAGCGCUCAACCACAACAAAGAGGACAGCUGCUUCAUGGAGGUGGUGCCCAACUCCAACUCCAAUUCCAACAAGGUGUCGCAGUACAAGAGCCAUGUGGCUAGCUGCCAGUUGAAGAAUAUCUGGGAGGCGAAGAACGAAGACGAGGAUCUGUUCACCUCUAUGCGCACCCACUUUCAGCCGAUCGCUGUUAACGAGAUGAAGGAAGAGGCACAGGUGGUUGUGGAACCGCAGUACGAGGACGGCACAACGUUCCAGAUCAGCAGCAGUAUGGAGAAAGUGUACUUUGAGCGCAGCGACAGUGGCGCACUCUACCUAGACGCCGACAAAAACCAGAAGUAUCGCGAGUUCAAAGACGCCUGCUGCAUCGAGUACCCGGGCGUGUUUUGGCCCAAGUUCCGUGUCUGCCAGAACGAAAAGUUCUGCCAGACCGACGACGACGUGGUGGCCGAGGAGGGGGAGGGGGAGAUGUACUUUCCCGGUGAUGAGAAGCAGGUGGAGGAUUGCAUAGAGAGGGAUGCCGCCGCUGCUACAGUUAUCACCGUUGGCGGCUGGGUCACUACCUGGCCGGCUAGCAUAUGGAGUAACGACACGCCGCACUUGUGUAAUGUUUGGGGCGGCGCAGUGAACGGAGAUGCUCGCGUGGCAGUCGAGGAGCAGUACAUCAAGUUGAAAGAUGAAAUUUUGGAAGAAGGAGAAGAGUUGUUAUCAAAUUUGAGCUCCAUGCAAGAUCUUUACCUGAACAGCGAUGACUCUGCUACUGCUAUGCAUUCAACUCAGGCAGCUGCUCUCAUCAAUUUCAGUCAAGGCUGAGUUUCAUUUGCCUGUUGAACCUUCGCAGAUGACCUCCACUUGUGAGAGCUCAUUGUCACAAUCAUCAGCUGUUUUCACAACAAUUCAUCUGGAUCAUCACUCAAUUUAAGCAGAAAUUCUUAUUUCAUGCUUGACUGUAUUCAGUUUCACUGUAGAACAGUUUUUUAGUGGGCAAUGUCUAAGUGAUUAAAGUGCCGAAUAUAUUUCAGAUUCAUCCAUUGUAUCUGCAGUCCAGCUCCUAUUCAUAGUGGAUUUUCCUUGAUAAAGUAUUGCGAAACAAAAUUUUGAAUAGCCUACUCACAUAACACAUCACAUUUCUUUUAAAAUCAACUGAGUUAAAGCAGUUACAUCUUUUAAGAAUUUCAGAUUAUUUAUUGACAAUAGUUUUUAACGCCGUUUUGAUAUUAUUACACUUUCAGAUACUUCAAUAAAAUCUUCUACCAAUGUACGAACAUUCGAGUUAUCGCGUUCAGUUAGCUAUUUCCAGAUGUACCUGCUGAAACCAAAGAUGAAAUUCCUCAUUUCAUUGUUUACCUGCAAGUGAUUCCCUACUAGAAUGCGUGAUUUUGUAUUCUAUUUUCUCAAAACUCACUUGCUAGUAAGUACUUUUAGACCUUAUGCAAUUCAUUACCUUUCUGUUCACAAAUUGUUACAAAUGAAUAGCUUUAAUCACUUAGUUUGCCUUUUAGCUUGUAAUUAUAAUGAAAUCUGACAAUACGUCAUUUGUGUAUUGUAUAAACUAAAUCUUGACACACAUGAUAUUUUAAUUAUUAGUUUCGAAUUCAAUCAUGUUGAUAAGUUGGUGAUUUUUUGUGAUUGAAUUCGGGUGAGAAAGUUUGUUAUGUAUUAAAGUAUGUAUCGAAGAAUUACCAACAUCAAAAUGAAUUUUGUAAGCAGAAUUGCUUACGAGAUUAUCUUGCUAUAACUAUGAUAAUAUUCGCAUAAAGUUUGAAGGUGGAAAAAUCCUGAAGGUUAGUUCCACCUUUCCCUUUGUGCGAUGAAUCAAUGAAACUGGUAGAUUCUAGAAUCAGUGUAUGAUACAAACAAUUUUAUUUUUAGUUGUAUUGUAAUAGUUAGAAUUGAACUAUUAAUUUUGUAUGUGUUGGUAUUCCUGAUUGUUACUGCUGAGGCAGCUCUCGUAUUAUGAAUCUGUAACUGCGUUUCAUAAUAACUAAUAAUUAUUGCAUAUAUAUUUGUAUAGUUGAUUAAAAAGAAAAAUCAGAUAAAAACAUCAGUUAAAUAUGUUUCCAAAACUGUAUGUUACCUUUUAAAUGAAUGAUUAGGAUGAUGAUGAUAAUGAAUAAUAAUAAUAUUCGUAUUCAAAAUAAGUUAGUUUAUUGAAUAACUUAAUCUUGUCUAGAGCAUUUUGCAGCACUAUUGGAGGAAAGUGAACAACUUUUAGAUACAGCCAAUCAUUAGUUGAUGAGAAUCUGGGAGAAUGCUUGCAAAUUUAAAGGCACGUAAGUUUUUUGAUUAGAAUAGAAGUUUUCCUCCUCUCUAGCAAAGUGUUUAAUCUUAGCUACUAACGAGUGACUGUUCAUUCAAGUAUAAUAUAAACGUGUACAUUUGAAAAUGCGUACUACCAUUUCAGUAGGAGUUGUAACGCACAACUCUCGUAAUAUUCUUAAAUAAUUACGACACUAUAGUCGGACUAUUUUCUUCACAAUUCAUCAUACAAUUCCUUUGUAAAUACUUGCAGGCACUCUUCUGUUGCUCAUCGGUUUGCAUUGCAAGCAACUCAAUUCACUUGGGUUGCCAUCAUUCUCAUCCUGUACGCAUCUUCAGCUUGUCAAACACUAUUCUCUACACUUGAUAUGAACUAUUAAUAACAAUACAAACUGAAUCCUCCGUUUGAUGCUUUGAAUUCUCCUGAUCAUACGAACAAAUUGUAAUAAUUUCUUGGUUGAUUUGUCACACCUGUUAUUCAUAUUGCACUUACAGUAAUUUCCUAUAAAACAUAAUAACGUUGAAAAAAUGUAACAAAUAAAAUUUUAGCUUAAAUUUGAAUCACCUCAAGAUUUUCUUGAAGUCAACCAAGUUUAUUAGAGAAAAUGUAGUAAAGCAUACAAAUAUGUUAUAACUAAUAAUAACAUGUAAGUGCUCUAAUACUUUAAUUGAAUUGUCUUUUGAAGUGUAAAUAUUUUAAUGUAACUGUGUAUUGAUCAGGUCUCUAAUUACCUGGACCAAAAAUUAUAAAACAUACCGUAUUUCAACCAUGAAAUGCACGUAUUGUAUCGUUAUCGCAAUGUUAAUUUUGGUUAUUCACGUAAUGAAGUUAUGAGGUGUUGGAAAACAAAAAUUGUUAUUGGGAAACUAAAACAUUUUUUGUAUUGUAGAGAAGUAGGUACUGUCGAUUCAAUUGAUAUUGAAUUAAUGAUAAACAUAAUUUGAAAUUUUACUGACACACAGUCUUGAUUGAAUCUAUUUUCGUAGAUAAUUGAUUAAUUAGAUUCGAUUGAAUCUUUUUUCGUAUAUAGCGAUUAUUUCAAGCUCUGAAAUAUUGUGUGUUCAGUGUUUAUUCCAAGUGUACUUUCAGUUUCUUAGUUGGUGAGAUUGAAAGUAUGCUUGGAAACUUGUAUGUAAGUGUUGUGAGUUAAUUUCCACUUCAUUCAUAAAAAUUAUAAAAUGAUUUGUUUCUCUGUAAAAGUUUAAUGAUAGAAAUAAUACAGUUUUAUGUUUUAUUUGCACUAAAAAUGAAAUUAAUAUAACGUUUAGUGAAGUGCCUAUACAAUGAAACACUUCAUCUCAAUGAAUAAUAACUAAAUAUAUUGGCUAAAAAUGGUAAUUGGUUAAAGGAUUUGAAACCAACAUUAUCUAUUUUAUUGAUUUUAAAGAAGUACAAAAGUAAUAAUUUUUAUAUUGAACUUUUGGAAAAAAUAGUAAAACCUUGGCAUUGAAUAAUGCAUUGAGUCGAAAGUUAUGUUUUAUACUAACUUUUAUCACAUUGCAAUAUGAUUUUUGAUUGGGAGAAACUAUUGUAGAAUCUUAAUAAAUUUAAUAUUCCAAGUGCAUGACUUUUAUCACUUUUGCUCUGAAUUUCUAUUCAUGUAGUCUUCCAGUCCUAUCAUUUAAUUUUAUUUAAUUUGUGUCAUAAUUAAUUGACACAUAAAAGGAAAAGAUUCAAAUUUUUACAAGAAGUCAUGCACACAAAACAGUUUUAUGAAAUAUAGCCUGUUUUAGAUAAAGGUACAGGUGAAUCAAAUUAUAAAUCUGUUGAAAAUAACUAAAAAUAUAAUGUAGUUGGUCCCCUGUUGUUGACAAGUGUAUGCGAAUGUAAAACAUUACUUCACCUAAAAUGAUACCUCAACUGAAGAAUAAUUUUGGUUUCGGUUCUGGCAAAAAAUACGAAAUUAUUUGGAAUACAUUACUUGAAGCUCUUCUUGGUCUCAAAUCGAGCCCAUUUCUAGCUUGGAACAAGAAUUUAUUCUUAAUCUAAAUUCAUUACCCUUCAAAUAUUAUUAGACACCUUUAUUGAUGAAUAUUUUCAGCUUAGGUAUCAUUUAACAUUCAAAUGCCUUGUGCUAUUUUAAAUGUUUUCUCACAGGGAGUGCAUUGACGUUAAUCAAUUUGUAAAUUCAAUGAAAUAAAUUAUAAGAAAACUAUUAAUAUUGAUUAAUAAUGUUAAUUUAUCUCUACAAGUCUAGUUACUCUUGACAUUUUAUUGCAAUGAAAUUUCAAAGUAAUGGCAUAGAAUAUUCCAUCUUUCCAGAGCAGCUAGGCUUUGUUAAUUAGAUCUGCUCUUGAAACGUUUUGUCAGGAUUUUCAAAUGUGGCAGUAAAUACAAUAAUAAGUAGGUAGAUUAAUUUUUCUUAGUUGUAUAGUUUUGUUCUAAAGAAAAGUUUUUAUUUUAGUUAUAUCUAAGGGUUGUGUGAAAGUUGAUAGAAUGUAUGUCUCGUUAAUCUGUUGAUUUAAAAAAAAAAAUAUUUUAUCACAGUAGAAUAACAAAAAAGUUGAGUUGUCGCCUUUAACUAACGCUUGUCAUAAAUCCAUUCUUUAGAAAACAUCAUUGGUAUUUUUUUUUUAGUUAUGCUUCAUUCUUUUGUCAUGUUAUGGUACACUACAAAAAUAUUCACACUCUUGUUUUAAUUUUUACAUAUAUACAAUUUUAAUAUAAGAUUUUGUUAUAUUAUUACUUUUAUACAAUUUCUCAAGAUUCACUUUUUUAAAUAUGUCUAUUGUAGGAUAGCACAUAAUAAAUUCGUUUCACAUUCAUUCAAAUGGAAUUAAAUUUUAUUACAACUGUUUUAUCGUACUGUGUGAGCUUCAUUCUAAUAUCACACGCAAUUAAUGUAUAUUAAAUACAUAGAACUCAGCAAUAUAUUUUAUAAUAAGAAUCUUGUCUGAAUCUUGAUGAUUCUUUUUAAUUUUAUCAACUCAGUAAUCUUUUGAGCAUCAUUCACUCAUCAAAUUGUCUCACCUAUUUAAAAGCAAACUAAUAGUGUUAUUACAUGUUGAAUGAUGUAAUUUUCCUAGCUUAACAAUAGGUGUUACGCUGUAAUUGAAUGUUGUUUGUUGCUAUUUGUGUAUGUAAUUGUAAUAGUUUGACUAUGAGGGUGAAUUAUUUGUUGAUAAUUGUGUAAUGGCCUUUCUUUCUCUUAGUACUUCAUCUCAUGAUAGAUUUUGCCCUGUUAGUGAAAUGAAUUCACUUUUUUAGUGUAACUACUAUCUAGUGUUUCCCUGUGUUGUUCUUUCAGUCUUAUCAGUUUUGUGUGAUGUAUGUGAUGAUUAAUAUACAUAGCUCUUAAUUGAUGCGUCAGGAGAUAAGUUACACUAUAAUUUUGUGGAAACUAUUGAAAUGGGUCGCCUUCGAUAUUUUAAAUUACUUGAGGUGUUUGAGAAAAUAAUAUUUUGUUAGUUUCAAAUUCUUGAUCUAUUCACAGUUUCAUGAAAAAUGGAGUCAAGUUUUUAUGAAGAGUGUGCAAUUGGUUCAAUAAUAACAAUAAUUGUUUGGCUAGUUGUAAUCAUCAUUUUGAUAUUAUGUAGCUAUGAAAUCAUGAGUUUGUCACACACAUUCAUUCAAACGAAACGUUUUAUUGUUUCAUCAUCCAUUAUGUUACGCGUCUUUUAUUAUUGUUUCCAUUAUGUUACGCGUGAACUCGUUGAAUCAAUCGCUUCUUCAAUCACGGUUUUGCAUAUUAAUCUUAAUUGCAGGCUAGUACCUUCUUACCCAAAACAUUUUUAACGAAAAGUAGGUUAGUUCAUCAACAAUCGUGUAACUAUUUCAGAAUCAAUUGUGUACAUAAACUUGCCUAAACUGUCUAGAAAGGUGAACAGAAAUGUUAAACAUUUUUCAUGGAACUGUAAAUACUCCAAACGUAGGUACUAAUGAGUAUCCUAGCUAAUACCGGAAUGAAUCUUGUAAAUACAGUAAGCAAAACUUAUUCAACAUAAAAUUAGGUCAACAAAUCUUGUUUUUAAAGCACAAUGUUGAUGAAUUGAUAAUAAUAGUAUUAUUGAUGAGCUUAACUUGUUAGAAAUUGUAUUAUUAAAUCAUUAGUGAUUUCUUCUGGUCUCAAACAGAUUUUUUUGAAUCAAUGAUUUUUUUCUAAUACAUUUCUAUUGUUAAACAUUUUCAUUUGAAUUGUGAGCAGUGGUUGUGAUUGAGCGUCGUAACAGGGGAAGAUGUUUGCAGCCUGCUUGUGGCAAAAUGUGAAUCCACCUACAAAUAGGUAAAAAAAAACUUUACAAAAUGUUCAAAUUUGUACGAUUGCCUCAUAUCUCCCACUGAUUAAUUUGAUGAUGAAACAAUUUUAUAAUUUUCUAUUGUUAUCUAUCAUCUUACACAUUUUUGUGUCUUUAAAUUCUCGUCUUCUUGUUGAAGAAGAGAAAUCCUAUGAACAAUCAUUUGAUAAUUAUUUAACACCAAUUGAUAUUAAAGCUAUUGUUUUGAUUGAUAGUGCAUAUUCUGAUAGCAAGUUGAAGAAAGUCUAUUGCCAACUUUGCAACGCAACGAUCGAUCAACUUGCUAUCAUAGAAUUGGUCUCUGAGCAGGAUUUAUCCAUCUUUUUUUGUAAUAUUGUAUUUCUCUUAUGGCAGAGUUGUUAUGUUGAAUAAAGAUUGUUUUUCCUGAAA